AUGAAUGAAACUGAAAGAUAUGAAAGUACAGCUGUGCAAGGGAUUGUUAGUUAUUUAAAUGCAUUUAUUCAAACAAAAACGAAUUUAGGAAUUUCUAUUGAAAAGACAUUAAAAGGAUUACAAGAAGGUUUAAAGUCAACAAUCAUAUUAAUAACUUAUAUGCAAAGUUUCCAAAAUUUUAUCCCCCCACACACGAAUCCUAUUAACUUGUUUCAAAUGAAUGAAAAUGCAGAAAAAUUGAUUCGUAUGGCAAAGUCAUUUGGACUUGAAGUUACUUGUUCUGCAAGUGCUAUAACUCAACCACAAGCAGCUACUGCAUCACAAGUACUUGGUUUAUUAUGGCAAUUAAUUGACUAUGAUUUAAGAAAAACACUAGGAUCAAUGGAUUGUGAAGGAGAUGUAAUGAAAUGGGUAAACACAACAUUAGGAAGUAAAAGAAUGACAAACUAUACAUCAGACCUCCAAGAUGGAAUAAUUUUUCGAGACUUACUACGUACUCUUGGAAUUCCAUGUGGAAAUUCAUUAGAAGAUGUUAUAACUGCAUCAGGUACAAUAGGAUGUCAAUUAAUAUCAGUUGAAAGUGUACAAAAUUGUGUUGUUAAAAUGAACUUUGCAUUUCUUGCAGCGUUAAUGAAAUGGAAAAAAGAACAAGAUGAGAUUGAAAGAAAACGAAGAGAGGAACAAGAUAAAAUAAAUAAAGUUGAAGCAGAAAAACGUGCAAAAGAAGAAGAAGAAAGAAAAAAACAACAAGAAUUAGAACAACAGCAAAAAAAAAUUAAAGAAGCUAAAGAAAAAGAAGAUAAAGAAUAUAAUAGUUUAUUAGAAGAAAAAGAAAGACAAAAAAUUGUUGAUGAACAACAAAUGAAACAACUUGAAGAAAAGCAUGCAGAAGAAGAAAGGAAAAUGCUUGAAAAGUUAAAACAGGCACAAGAAGAAAGUGCUGGAAUAACAGCAGUAGAACAUCUUAAUAAUACACAAUUAGUAGAAGAGAAAGAAAAAUUAAAUGAUGAAAGUGAACGGAUUAGACAAGACAUUGAUGAAGCUUAUAAAAGAAAACAAACAACAAGAUUUGAGAUGUUAAGGUUACAAAGUGAUAAUAUUAGAAAUGAAAAGGAAUUUCAAAAAGAAUUUAAAGAAGCUGAUAGAAAGAAACAAGAAAUGAUUAAAAAAGAAAAAAGGAUGGAAGAACGAAUUCAAAACCUUCAUUAUGAAGAAUUAAGUGAAAAAUAUACAAGUAAAGUUGAUGAAAAUUAUAAAUUAAGUGGAGAAGUUCAUGAUAUGGAACAAAAGAAAGCUGAAUUAACCGAUUUACUCCAACAAAAAGAACGACAAACAAAAAGAGUUAAUAGUUUAAUUGAUGACGUCUCACAAGAGAUUCUUAAUGUUGAAAAAAGUAUUCUUCAAGAAAACAAAAGAAUUAAAGAUAAUAAAAGAGAACAAGCCCGUAUUCAAAAACAAAUAUCUGACAUUCAAACACAAACAAAAAUUGUUAAAAUGGAUACUCAUUCAAUUAUUCAAGAAAGAGAACAUAAUGAAAAACAAUUAGAUACUAAAUUAGAUAAAAUAGAUGAUGCUAAUUAUGAACUUGGAAAAUUAGAAAUGGCUAAUGCUGAUGCUGAACUGGAACAACAAGCUGCAAGUGAAGAAUUAGAUCAAUUUGUAGAAAGGUCCAAAAUUUUAUUACAGCAAAUGGAAAGUAAAAUAACUCGAGACUUAUCAAGAGAAAAGAAAGCUGAAGAAAGAAGUAAAAGAAAUCUUAAUAAAGAUAGAAAAAAAGCUAGAGAAAAAAGCAAACAAUUAAGAAAAGAAAAAGAUGCAAUUGAAAUUGAAGUUGAUAGUAAAAAACAUGAAAAAAGAAUGCAAGAAUCAAAAUUGGAUCGUAUAUCUGAACAAUACUUAGACAUUAGACAACAACAAAAUGAUGAAGAAAUUAAAUUAAAAAGUAAAGAUAUUGAUAUUGACAAUAAACUGAAAGAAAUCAAUUCAAGAAGAAAGAAACUAGGAGAGGCAAAAGGAAAAAGUAAAGUUGCACUACAAACAAAAGAAGGUAUUGGUAACAAACCUAUUGAAGUAUUAAGUCAAAGAGAUAAAGAGAUUUGCGAUGAUAUUCAUAAAAAAUAUGAAGAAGAACGUAGAAGAAAGAGAGAAGAUAUUGCUAAAUUUGUAGAAAGUGUUGAAAAAGAGCCAACACCACCUCUUACAGAAAAAACAGUUCUUCCAAAAUUAGUUAAUCAAGAAGAAAUAGAACGAGAAUUAGCAGAUAACCAUCUCCAACAUGUUAAACGAUUUGACCCUGUUCUUGAAUUAAGAAAACAAGAAGUUGAGAAAGUUAAAAAAAGAGAAAAUAUGAAAAAGCAAGAAGAACUUGACAGAAAAAAGAAAAUAGUUGAAUUAAGUGAGGCAAAAGUUGAGAUUGAAAAGAAGUUAAAAGAAGAAGAGCUAAGAAUUGUUGAAGAGUUUAAACAAAAAAGAGAAAAAUGGAGAAAAGAAAGAAAAGAAAUUUAUAAAAGAAUUUAUGAUAUUGUUGAUAUAACUGACUAUAUUAAAGAAGAGCCUGUUGAACUAAAAGGAGUCAUUGAGAAUAAUGCUAGUGAAAAUGCAAGUUUAUUAGUUAAAUGGGACAAUGUUAAAGAAGUUAGUGAAAUGUUUAAAAAAUGGGCUAUUCAAAGAAAUGCUUUUAUUGAUAAAUUUGACUCAACAAGAAAAGAUGGAUUUAGUCGACAAGUUAAAUGUACGACAAGUCCUAUCUUGGAUGAAAAAGUUGACUUAUUAAGUUUGAGAAAAUUGAGUGAUCAAAGUUCAGAAAAGAGUAUUUAUGGUAAGUCUAAACAACGACAAAAAGUUAUGGAAUUAGCUAUGAAAAAAGAAAUGGAAGAGUCUAAUAAAGAUAGACUACAUACACCAAGGUUUGAAAUGGCUCAAGGAAAUAGUCCAUUAUUUGAUGAAAAUGGACAUUUGAAUCCUAAAGAGAAGAGAAGAAGAGUUAAAGAAAAUGGUUGA